AUGGCUGCAAUGCUCCCACAAACCAUACCGAAAUAUAAAACUACCGGCGAAAGACAUAAAACUGUCACUAAAGCUAUCGGAAGAUUUAUAGUUAAAGAUAUCCGACCGUUCAGCAUCGUGUCAAACGAAGAUUUCAAAGAUAUGGUUGAACAACUUGAUCCGAGGUACCAGUUACCAUCACGCACUUAUUUCGCCGAAACUGUCAUACCUAACAUGUACCAGGAAUGUGGCGCUGACGUUAUUUCCAGUCUCAAGGAUGUCCCAGUAGCACUCACGACUGAUGGAUGGACAAGUAGAGCAACCCAGUCUUAUGUUACUAUAACAACUUCUCACAUCACUGAAGACUGGAACCUGAAGUCAUUCGUACUUCAAACAAGAGAAUUGCCAGAGAGCCAUACAGGUGUAAACAUUGCCCAAGUUUUAACUGACGCAAUUUCUGAAUGGGGCCUUAACAAGAACCCUCCUUUGGUCACUGAUAAUGCGGCAAAUAUGGAAGUUGCAGCGAGAGAGGCAGGUUGUAUUCCUCAUAUUGGAUGCUACGCUCAUACACUCAACUUGGCAGCGCAGAGGGGCCUUAAGGUGAAUUCUGUGUCACGAAUUCUUGCUCGUGUACGGCGCGUCGUAUCCUUUUUUCACCGGAGUACGACUGCUGCAGCUUUGCUUAAAGAGAAAACCAAACAGCAAAGGACUUAA